AUGCGUUUCACAAUAGUCCAGAUCUUUACGCUCCUGGCCAUUGGAGUUACAGCCACCCCCGUCCCCGCUAGCCCUGGUCAAAGGAUGCAAAAGGACGGCUACGACUCUGCCGAUGAAACUCUGGACUUCAAGGCUAGCAAGUUUUCAAAAGCCCAUCAGACAAUGCGGCAGGACCCUAAAAUCCGCAAACUCGAUAAGGAAUAUGAAGCAGCUCAAAGGGAGGCCGGCGUGAAAGACACUCGGCGCGUCUCCGACAUUGCAGCUCCGCCAAGAACCUGGCCACACUUGCGUGAAUCUGACUCGGGCUAUGGUUCUGACUAG